AUGAUAGACAAAAAGGCGGUGGAAGAACAACGGUUGCCUGACAGCCUGAGCUUCUUGCGCCGCGGUCGUGUGGAAACGGUCGUUAGGAACGGAGUCAGUUCGCCGACGAGGAGCGAUGGCGGCGGGUCGUCCCCGACCACGGCGGUCAAAGAGCGCCAGCGCAUGAUGCGCUCUUCGAACUCACCAGCCGCAUCCAGUGCGUCUUCAGACUCGUCAUUCGACAGCAGUAACGGUUCUUUGGGACAGAACCCCGGCGGAGAGAAGUUUGCUGAUUUCACUUGCAAGCCGGACGCGGUUGUAAAAGUUGUGACCGGUCCCAAUGGACAAAUUCUGAAGCCGGCUCGCAAGGCCCCGCCAGUGCCGAAACAGCCUGCGCCGCAGCCCGUUCGGUCUAGUCCGAGAACUAUGAAGAAGAAUGUUAAAUUCGCGUCACCUGACGCACGUCCGGUGAUCAGCGCGCCGUUGUUGGUUACAUCUGGUGCCCCCGACAUUCCACCUCCACCUCCGUCUUGUCCGCCACCAGAAGAUGAAGACCCCGAAGCUUCGCCGUCCCCAAAUCCUGAGGCACCAGUGGAACCUUUGCCUACUCCCGGGCCACCAAGCCCGAAGCGACUUGAUCGUCCAGCAAGUCUAGCUGCCAGAUUGUUCGACCGCGAGAGAUCCGGUUCUCCGAGUAGCGGCACCAGCGAGAAGCGAUUUUCCGGCUUAUCAGGACGGCUGUCGACGUUUUUGAACGGAGCUCCGCAAACGUUGGUGGCGAAUAUAGCGCGAACGCAGUCGCAUCGACAGGUCGGGAAGGAGUUCGGGCGGCUCUUCGCGUCAUUCCGUGGCAGCGGCGACGUUGGUAGUGAUGUGGCGGAAACCGACGCUGCGGAUGUGGAGAGUGGAAAAUCUGGAAAGAACCAUAACAAAUGUAGCACAUUGCCAAAAAACAACAGGUUCAAGAAUCAUCCUGGGUUACGAGGCAGCGAAGAGCGUCGGAAUCUGAGGACAUUGGAAAUAUCUGCCCCGAUACCCCAGAAAGUGGACGUAAAUGUCAAAACUGUGCCAGUGCAAUCUUAUCGUGAACCUGCUUCCGAAGAGCCGAAAACUGUUGACGAUGAAAAAAAGAAGUCUCGGAAUUCCUGGUCACCGUCGCACGCUGUCGUCAAACCAACAUCAGAUGCAGCACCUGCAACCAUCGUUUCCAUCAAACCUCGACCGCAGAGCCAUGUUGGAAAAUCUGAUUUUCCCACAAACACUUCGACUAAACUUGAAAGCAUCAACGAAGUUCCAGGCACGGGAAAUCCAGAAUCUGAAAACAUUCGUAAGUCAAUUGAUAAUAAGCAGGCGAAGAUGGAAGCGCCUCGUUUCGGAUCCGGACGACGACCGCAUAGCGUAGCCUCUCCGUCGCCGUCACCUGUGCCACCGCAUCGGCCAUCUAGUCCUCCACCUCCAAGACCGCCACCGAAGCCGCAGGAGGAGAUCGAAGCAAAGAACAAGAAAGAAGCAACUUCUGUGAAACCAACCGCAGAGAAUGUCUGUGCUCAGAAACCAAAGCCUGAGAUUGCAGCCAAGCCGAAACUUGCCGUGGUGCCUCCAUUAUCGACAACGCUGAAUCAAAACCAGGUUCGGUUGGGGAAAAUGACUGUCGAGCUCCCGUCAUCGACUACUAGCAACAAAACGGAACCAGCAAAACCUGGUACAACUUGGAGUUCAUCAUCAAUCCUUGGGGGUCGAGGCCCGCUUUUAACUUCUUCAGCGUUGAAAGAAGCUAGUCAAAAUUUGAAACCUUCGAUUAUUGGAACCGCAAAACCCACAACGACGUCUCCGGGAUAUUUUCCACAAUCCAUCUCCAAGCCGUUGAUCCCGUCUGUGCGAACGACUGACAUGACCGGUUCGGAUGUUCAGAUUGCCUUGGGUGCGCGUCCAUCGUCUCCCGCCGGUGCAACGCGUCCCACGUCGUUCACCCCAGCUCAAAAGACUUCCUUUUCCACAUUCAAACCUUCCGCGGCGUCAGUAACGACAAAACCCACCGCCAAGAGUCCUACUUCCCCUUCAAAAAUUCCGAUCUCCUUGAGUCACGGUGUUGGGAAUCCAUUGGGUCGCGACAAAAACUUCUCGUCCAUGUCUUCGCUGGCGUCUAAUUGCUCGAAUGCCUCAUCCAAUGCGAGUUCAUCGGGUGGGAGUGCAAAUAGUGGAAACAAGCCGGUGAUCGGAGCAAAACCGACGUCGAUCCCAAGACCUGGCUCUGCAGCUAGGCGUUCUACUUCGCCACAUGUCACUGCCACGGUGCACGGGAAGUACGACAGGAACAAAGCUCAGCAGCAUGCGAAAGCGAGCAGCAAAAUACCAACGCUUUCACCGACGAAAGAACAUCCACCAACAUAA